GGGAAUUCAAGAGAAGCGAUACGCCCUCUGGUGGCUCUAAAAUCAACUGGUUUCUGCCACAUUAUUUCCUAACCUUACUUUUAUAUCGAUUGUUUAUCUAAUGUUUACACUCAUUUUGUGUCUUUUUCAAAAUUAUAUUUGUUUUUCUGUUAUCGCGUGUUGUGUUAGGAUUAGAAAUAAAAAAAAACGCGUCGAACGUAUAACCUCCUCUUUUUUUGAAGUCGGUUAAAAAAGGAGAAACGACCAGUGAACCAGUGUACCAAAGCAUGGCGUUCAAUAACAAUUUUUGUUGUGUGCCACAGUGCAAAUCCUGGGCCAAAAAAGACCCUGAAGGAGAAUUAAGCUUUCACAGAUUUCCCAAAAAGGAUGCUAGGAAAGUUUAUGUCGAAAAUAAGAUGGGAAAGUGUUUAAUGGAUCAAAGAAAAGCUUGGAUAUUGAAACUUAAAAUUGGCAAGCAAGUUUCCGAAACUAUGAAAGUGUGCUCUCUUCAUUUUGUCAAGGAUGAUUAUUUUAACAAAGGGUUAACCACACAAAGGGGUAGAGUUCUCAAAAAGACUGCAGUACCUUCUCAAAAUCUUCCCAUUUCUACAGUUAGUUCAGCAAAAUCUGCAACUGCAACAUCAUCAUCUGAUCGUGCUUCUAGAUACAAAAAGAGAAAAUUGUCCAAUCAAAACGAAACUGAUUUAUGUACGAGCACAAAUGAGGACUCCAAUGAAGAUGACCAAGAUGAUGAAGCAGGUAGCUUAAUAGAUUUGCUGAAAUCUACACCAGAUGUUAGUGAUAAGGAAGUAGAUAGUGUGCUUUUACAAAACAGGAAAGUGACUGUGCGAGAUUCAGAAGUGCAAGUGGACACACCUAAAAUCAACACACUGAGUGAUUUACUAAAAACCGAUUCUGCAUUAAGAAGUUUUACAGGCAUUAAUAAUUUUCAAAUUCUAGAAUGUAUUGUGGAAAUAGUAAAAAAAAAAUUUACAAUUGAUACAAGAUCACAUCGUCUAGAUGUGCGAGAGAGAGUUCUUUUAACAAUGGCAAAAUUAAAAUUGGACUUAAGUUAUAUUACUUUGGGUGCACUAUUUAAUAUAUCUGGUCAGCUGUGCAAAACAUAUUUUUUUGAUUUUUUAACAAUUCUAAGUCAAGUGUUUAAAUCAUGUAUUUAUUUUCCUUCUGAAGAAGAAAUCUCAAAAAAUUUGCCAAAAUGUUUUGAAUCUUUUAAGAAUUGUCGAGUUGUUUUAGAUUGUACAGAAAUCUUUAUUCAAAAACCAAGCUGCUUGUGUUGUAGAAUUAAGUUUUAUUCCCAAUAUAAAAAAUCUACAACUGUCAAGUUUAUGACUGGGGUGUCUCCUGGGGGGAUAAUAACUUUCAUCAGUAAAUCUUAUGGUGGAAGAGCAUCCGAUAAAUUAAUUUUUGAGGAAAGUGACCUAAUUAAAUUGUUAACACCUAAUAGAGAUUCAAUCAUGGUUGACAAAGGUUUUCUGAUUGACAAUUUAUGUGCUAUGUAUAAAAUUAACUUAAUAAGACCACCAUUUUUACGAAACAAAAAGCAACUUACAGUUGAAGAAGCUAUUUGUAAUAAAGAAAUUGCUGCAGCACGAGUGCAUAUUGAAAGGUCUAAUCAGAGGUUAAAAAUCUUUAACAUUAUUAGUGGAAAGUUGCAGUGGUCAUUAGUUUCAAAAAUUGAUGAAAUAUUUACAAUUAUUUGUGGAAUAACUAAUCUGUCAGCUCCUAUACUAUCUGAUGAAAGAUUUUUAUAAGGAUUGGUUAUGCUUCAAUAUGUAGUUAAUUUUUUUUAGGACUAGGUUGUGGUUGUAGGUACAUAUUUUUUUAUAUUUUUAUAGUUUUUUUUUCACGAAAGUACAUGUAUUUUUGUAUUAUUUUUUGCAUUGUUUACGACAUGGUUUGAUUUAAUUUGAUCAUUAUUAUGACUUCACGGGAUGGGUUACACAAGGGGUUCAUUGGUUUUAAAAAUUAAACAAAAUUACUCCAUUAAAGACUGAGACAUUGGCCAUUUAUUUCAUCUCACAUAUUGAAUGUAUCAUUUUAUUAAAAUAAUUGUUUUUAAUUUUCUCCAACAUUGUUUUGGAAAAUUUAUAAUCAUUUUCCACCUCUAAUAUUACACAACUGUCAUCAUAAGAUGCAUAUAAACAUAAAAAACAUUUUUCUAAGUUCAAUAUGCUCAUUCCUAAUUGAAUUUGACCAUAAUAUUGGUGUUUUUUCUUAAGUGUAUAUUUCCCAUUUGAAUUUAUGAUGAAGGUGCUUGAUCCUAGACACUCUUCAAUAGACAUUGUUGCACCUGAAA